AGAUAAUAUGGAAUUGUUGGAAUUGGAAUUUUGAAUAACUAUAUGCUAAAAAUACAAUGAAUUUCCAUGGAGAUAAAAUCUCACAACAGUUUAUCAAGUUUCCCUGAAGUUCAAGCUUUAUCAUGUCCUCUGAAAGCCCACAAAAAUACACGAGUAAGGAUGUCUCAGCCAAAGAAAACUUAACCGAGCGCAGCAAUACAUGCACAAGUACAUCAAACUAUGACAGCCAGUACAGUGAGAAACGACGCAAGCAGAGAAAACUGGCCAAUAGAAGCCCUGCCUCAAGAGGAUAUCCUAAAGAAUGUGUAGAAUUUGAUGAAUUUUCAACUCAAGGAGAUAAUCAAGCUGUAAGGUAUAGAACUGCACAUCGGCAGUGGUUAUUGGACAAUGGUGUAUUCUCACUGAAUGGCAUGAAUGAGUGGCAGCCAGAUUUGCGUCGUUGGACACCCAGCAGCAGUGCAAGAUAUCCACUGAGGAUGAAGACAUCUAAGCCACCCAUUGAUCCAGAAAUAUUACCAGAGGAUUCUCAAGUUCACAUAUAUCACAGUAAAAAGGACAGACUGUGGGUAAAAAGAUGGAUAAUUGGAAUGAUGGAGGCAAACAGAUAUAACAUCACUACAAACAGGCAGAUGUCAAGAAAAACUUCUCGCAUGAUAGUUGUUUUCACACCAGAGCUUUUUCAAGAGCCGUUCUGUCAAGAAAUCUUGGAUGCUAUUGAGGGAAAGAUGGUGCUUGGUAUUAAACUCAAAGACUGUGAUAUUCCAGAAGGGAUUGCAAAUGAAUGCACAAGUUAUAUUGACCUGACAGCCACAGAUCUUAGUGACCUGACUUUUCAUAUCUCAUUUAUGUUCAGGAUAAAGAAAGCUCUCAAGUUACCUGUAUCCAUAUGUUCAGCAUAA